AUGAGUGAUUAUAGUCAAAACGACAAUGGUAUAAACCCGAUCAGCGAGACCUCGUCUCAAACAAACUUAAGAACUGAUCCUCGGUCUGAACGACGAUCUGGUAGUACCGUUGAAAGAGUGUCUGCAUGGAUAGGAAGAGAUAUUCCACCGCUCGAUAUGGAAUGCCUCAGGCCAUUUUCUAAUUCUUUCAGGACCCCGAAUCUUGUUCAUUCUCCUAUUAGAGUAGCAUUUCCAGGAUUCAAUACUCUCUCUCCAUCGUUGCAAUCUCCAAAUACGUUCACUAACUCUUCUUCACAGAUUAUCCAUCCGAUUCCAAUCCGAAUGAUGCGACUCAGGAGAUGGUGGAAAGUUCAGGUGGCGCCCAUUGCAACAAUGAUGAUAUCCAACAACAAUCCUCCUCAUCAGCCGACGGACGUUGAUCUGCCUUCCCAAAAAGGCGCUGAUGAUAUUCCAACGGAACAGUCAGUUGAUAUCACAUCUCUUGAAUCUAAUGCUGAUCCCAUUGGUGCUCCUUUACUCCUUUCUUUUGAUUCUAUAGUUGUUGCUGAAAUGGAAGCUAUGAAUCUCAUCUCCCUUAAAGUGGUAGCGAAGAUGAUGACAAGGACAAAUAAAACAAACAAGAGGAAGACAGAGACAGAGAUCACAACAUUGUUGUCACACCUUAGUCCCGAAAGGGAAGGUCUCAAAUUAACAUUGAAUAAUCGAUAA